GAGGCUGGAGUAGGAGGGGCGUGUUCCCGGAAGAGUUUGCUUGUGUUGUGAUUGUCUUGUAAAAGGUCCACCGGAGCUUUACACAUUUAAUUUGACUCCGACAGACACUGAGGACUGCGCCGGCGUGUUUCCGAGUUUGCUGGUUUCCAUGGCGCCCACAAAGAAAUGCACCCUGCCCAAACCUUUACCUGAAGGCUUCAUCCUCACAGACACAGAGCCGAAGAGCUGGAGGCUGGGCCGGAUCAUCGGACAGGGAGGGUUCGGACUCAUCUACCUCGCUUCUCCAGAUGUGGAGCGGCCUGUUUCUGCUGACUCCCAGUUUGUGGUCAAAGUGGAAUAUCUGGAGAAUGGGCCUUUGUUUUGUGAGCUCAAGUUUUACCAGAGAGCGGCCAAGAAGGACAUGAUUCAGAAAUGGAUGAAGACUAAGCGACUGGACUUCUUGGGGAUUCCGACUUACUGGGGCUCAGGACAGGCCCAGUACAACGACCUCAGGUAUCGCUUCAUGGUCUUGGACCGUCUGGGCUGUGACCUGCAGAAGAUUUGCAACCAAAAUGGAGGUGUGUUCAAACCCGACACAGUUCUGCAGCUCGGGACCAGACUGGUGGAUGUGUUGGAGUUUAUCCAUGAAAACGAGUACGUCCACAGCGACAUUAAGGCCGCCAAUCUACUGCAGGGGCACAGGGACCCACACCAGGUUUACCUGGCAGACUACGGCCUGUGUUACAGAUACUGCCCAGAUGGAGUACACAAAGAGUACAAAGAGAACCCUAAAAAAGGCCAUGACGGGACCAUAGAGUACACCAGCCUGGACGCGCACAGAGGAGUGGCCCCGUCGCGGCGCAGUGACCUGCAGAUCCUGGGCUUCUGUCUGCUGCACUGGCUCUGUGGAAAACUGCCCUGGGAGCGUCUGCUCCACAACCCGGGGCAAGUCCAGGAGGCCAAGACCAGAUUUCUGCAGAAUCUGCCUCAGUCUGUGUCGGAGCUGUCGUCCAGCCGAGCCGGAACAGAUGAAGUGGCGUCCUUCCUCCACUAUGUGCAGUUGUUAAACUAUGAGGACAAACCGAACUAUCAGCUCCUCAGAGGAAUCCUCAACUGCUCUGGAUCGAGACUGGACUUAGCCCCGCCCCUCAGACCUGCUCCAAAGUCCAAGUCCAAACCUGAGGAACCAGCACCAAGGAACAAGAAAACAGGAAGAGGCCGCUGUGAGUCCAGAGCUGAGACGAUGGAAGUAGAUGAAGAAGAGGAAGAAGAGCAGAGGAGGAAGCCCAAACAGAUCGACCCCAAAUAUUUAAGAGGACCUCCCAUCUCCAAACCAAAACAGUCCAGAGCUGAGGCCAUGGAGGUGGAUGAAGAACAGGAGGAAGAGGAGCAGAGGAGGAAGGCCAAACAGAUUGACCCCAAAUAUAUAUGGGGACCCCCCGUCUCCAAACCACAAAAGACUGAAGGACGAGUUUUACCGGCCCGAUCAGUGCGGCUCAAAUCCAAACCAUACCCUGUAGAUGACGAUGAUGAAGAAGAGGAGGAAGAGGAGGAGCAGAGACCAGGGCAUAUUGCUGCGUGUCACCAAAGAAGAGCACCAAUCAGAGCCAGAGACCUCAACACACAGCAGAAACUGAGGACUCCAGACAGACGUCCAACAUGGCGGCGAGACACAGCGGCUCAAAACGCCAUCAACCACAUCUUUUACAGCGACGAACACUCACGAAGAGAACAAAUGGAACAUUUCAGACGCUACAUGGAGUUUCUAGGAACGAGUCCUCCACCCAGAACUGUUCCCACGUGCUCUGACCAGACGGGGGCGCUCUGCUGGCUGCGGGCUGGACUCUGCUGGCUGCGGGCUGGACUCUGCUGGCUGCGGGCUGGACUCUGCUGGCUGCGGGCUGGACUCUGGUGGCUCGGGGCUGGACUCUGGUGGCUCGGGGCUGGACUCUGGUGGCUCGGGGCUGGACUCUGGUGGCUCGGGGCUGGACUCUGGUCGUGGAGGUUUUGUGUUUUUGCUUUAACCGUUUUGCUUUUUUUCAUUUUUAAAUUCACUUCUGUGCUGCCAUUUUGA